AUGCCCAUAUUGUUUGUCCUGCUGCUGUCAUUAUCAGCCGUUCAAUCACUCAGCAGACGAGAUGUUGCUACAGAUGAUCAAUCAUCGAGUGAAGAACUCCUUCCACGCGACUGUGGCAAGGAUUCGGGCCAGCCAUUGGACGAUGGGAGCAAAACGGGCCUGUUGGACUUUCCGUGGCUGGCUUUAAUAGAGUACAAAAAAGAUUCCUACGUCAUUGCUGGCUGGGGAAAAACUAAGACUUCCGGUCGUGAUCCCAUUAAGCUCAAAUUCAAGGUUCCGAAGGCCGAUUUUGCGCAGUGUUCUACCACCUAUCAAAAUUUCUCGAUCAAUCUUGGAGAAGACCAGUUUUGCGCUGGAGAUUACAGGCUGGAUAAUUUCUGCGGCGGUAACGGAAGCGGGCCUUUAAUGCAGUUGGAAAAGACCAGUGAGGGGAAAUCACGGUGGAUUGCUUCUGGGCUUGUUUCUUUCGGUCCCAAUCCAUGCGGCAUAAAAAAUAUGCCGGAUGUUUACACCAAAGUUUCCAAUUACUUACCGUGGAUAAUCUCAAAAAUUAAGGCCUAG